UUCACCGUAGCUGUCAACCCCCAGUUGGCAUUUGCCGUCUAUCUCUUUAAUUAAUGUAAAAUCUUUCGUGGAUUCUCCGAUUUGUUUUUCUGGGUUUUUUCCCUACUGACCCCAAGGCAUAAUUUUUACUAGAAAAAAGAGAGGCAGAAUCAAUAACAGACAAAACCCAUUACGCUAAGCGACCUUAUCGACACUCGGAGAGAGGGAUUUAUUGGGAAAAAAACAUUAGUUUAAUCCUGUGAUGUGUGUUUGUUAUACUGGUUGGAGGGAGAAAACAAAGAGUGAUCUUUAGGAUCACGCAGCUGUGUAGUCGAGAACAAGAUGGUGGGUCUUUUUUCUAGAUUUUCUGUUGGCAGAGUUGGCCAUCGACGUACCCAGAGCGCCCUUGAUGAGAGGGAAGUAUUGCCACCUCAUGCAGAUGUCAUUGCUGCAAACACUGCAACUACUGCUACAUCCCAUGGAAUUCGAGUAGCAAUAGAGUUUAAGCCAGUGGAGCACCCUAUCGAGCCCUUUGACAAUGAUCGACCAAUUCAUUGUCCACUACCUGAGCCUUCGAUACUUAAUGAUGGAAGAAUAUGGAAGGAGCGAGUGUCUGCUGUACCUGCCGUGCGUAGAAGACCCGACUUGCCAGUCAUGAAGGAAAGUGGAGGCCUCGAAUCUGACAUGGCUGGAACAAAACCGAGGUCUACUCAUUCAAAUCGCUUGAUCUUACCAUCUCAGAGUGCCCCAGAACAUAAUUUACUAAAGCUCCUUGAAGAAUGUAAUGCGUCUGGGAUCUGAAACUUGGUAUAGCUGUCUCAUUUGGCAAUUACCUGCCUCAUUCGUAUUUAUAGUUCACAUUGUUCUCGUUCUUUUUCGUUAUUCUUUUUUUACGCAAUUUAUCAUCUUUUCCACAUAUUUGCUUGAGGUGUAUGUAUAUCUAGAUGAAUUAUAGCAAAGUAACAACUUGUGUUUGUAAUUCAACAAGUUACACGAAUGGUUCAAAUUUUUGCUGUUUAUGGACAACUUGGGAUCUUGAUAAUGGGUGCUAUGCACUCUGGUUUA